CUGGGCGAGUUUUCCUUCCGCGGGUGCCAGCAGCCCGGGCUCCGCCGCCCAAGCUGACUCCUCUCUCUCCCUCUCCGACCCCGGCAGGGCCCAGAGGUGAUUCUGCCUGCACGACGUCCUCCUUCCUGGAGACGAGCUCUUCGCAGGCGCCACGUCGCGAACAAAAAGAGAAAAGAAAAAAAUGAAAAGAAAAAUCAGAAGCUGACAGAGAAGGGGGCGGUAACGGCGUUGGGGGUCACCUCGGCCACGGGAGGGCGCGCUAAGACAGUGGCGGGGUUUCCAAGGGCGACUCCACCCUGAAGUUUCCAGGGAAGAAGCCGAGGCUAGUCCUGCCAGGGGACCUGGAGGCCUGGCGCCUGGGCGGACCCCUAGCCCGACCUCCUGUCUGCUCCCCAGGGACAGCAAGCAGCAAGCAGGGCGGGCUGCACCUUAAGAGCAGCAUCAUCAAGGUACAUAGGAGACCCGCGUCCCUCCUACAGCUCCUUCUGGGCCGCCCCCACCCCAGCCCUGGGAAAGCAGUGGCAGAAGGAGGCAAUGCAAAGUUUUGGUAGGAAGGCAUCAUCCCAAAAUGUCAUCAGUCAGCAAGUGGAGUGUGUAAAGGAACUGGAGGAACUCAAAUUUGAAAUCCAGAAGUGUCAAUUCGAGAGGGAUGAACUUUACCAAAUCCUGGACCUUUAUAUCUAUGAUGAUUGGGACCACAGGCUGGAUGUUGAAUUGCCAGUCCUUCAAUCUGAACAUGAGAUGAGAAUGAUGGCUAUGCAAAUGAUGACCAACUCAAUAAGUGAUGCCAUGGAGAGGUACAAGGAGCUCAUACAAGUGAACAGUUCCUACCGCAUCAGGCAAUCCCAGCUCCUGCGUGAACAAGCUCAAUUGAAGAACAAUAUACAGAUUUUGCUGAAUGAGAAGAGAAAACUGCUGGUGGAGCAGACUGAACUGCCAGCAUCCUCUGUGGAGACAAAGAGGUUCUGUGAAGAUGCUGGAAUGAACAUCUGUGUCCCCAGAGCCAAGCAGCAGCAGGUCUGAAAUUCUCCAGCAGAAACUCGAACAUGACACAGUCCAGGACAAGAUCUCCCUUGGAGAGAAGAACUACAGGAGGAGAACUAAGUGUGCACAGCAAAUACACCACUAUUGCAUCUCAUCUGUACUGUCCAUAGCAAUUGUGGACUGCAUUUUCCUCUUUUAUUUUAACUUCUUUGGAUUGAAUAGGCCUUACUUUCACCUCAGCUCUCUCCAGCAAGUGUACACUUUUGGAGGGACCCAGAAAAGUGCUGAUGCACAUCAAUCAAGAGCUGCUGGUCAUCCAGAAAGACUGUGCACGUGUAAAUUUGUACUUGUCCUGAUGGGUCAUCCAGAAGAGUUUCAUGGAGAUCAGGUCACAACAUUGGAAAGACUAUGAAACAAAGUCUGUAAUAUCAUUUAUUCUCAGUAUUGGCAGGCUUUUUCCUUAAUACCCCCACUCCAACAAAACAGACCUACUUCCACUCCUCUUGAAAAGAUUAUUACCAUCACUAACUGCUUGUCUACUAUGUCUCCAAGGCAAGCCACAGGCUAUAAGUCUAUUCUGCAAAAGGAGCAGCAAAAAAUGCUUAGCGCAAUUCCUCUAUUUAAAGUAUGCUUGAGUUUUGAUUAUUUUGGUUUUUUGGUUUUCCUUCUAUUCAUUUGAAGAUUUGUUAUUUAUCUGUUGUUGUUGUUUUGUUCAUUUGCUUUUCUAUUUUGAUAAGGAUAUAGACUGUAUAUAUUUACUACCUGCAUCUGGUUACUAUCAAGUAAAUUGGAUGUAUUCUGGUGAAUAAAGGAGUAAUCUCAAA